UGAAUGGAAAUGGGGACAAAGGGCAAGGGGGGUAAUGAAUGAGGUCAGGUCAGGAGAGCCUGAGAUACCAUGACAGAGUAGUUAGAGAAGAUGGAAAAGUCCGAGUGAGAAGGGAACCAGGGAAAGAUGAGGCUGGGCAGAGUGGGCCAUGAUCGAAGGGGAAGGGAGAAUGAAACGUUAGAGAGUGAUUCAGUGACCUGCAGUUCCCUUGAAUGGCAACACACAAACAGUUCCCACAGAGGAGUGGCUGCCUCUUCUCAGUAACAUUAAGCAGGUGAACUCCUUUGUGUGACUCCAGCCAUGAACAUCACUCCCAUACCAUAGAUGAUUGGCUAAUUGAUCUCCUAACCUGAGCAUUUCCUGGUGUUGUGAAGACCCUGUCACAAUUAUCACCAGAAAAACAGCCCUUCUGCUACCAGCCCAUUUGUUUCCUCCUUGUGUUGCACUUUAGGUGCCCUUUACUUGACAGAUGGACCUGGAAUUUUGUUCUAUUGAGGGACAGGUAAAGAUGGAGACACAGAGAGAUGGAAGCUGCAGGAGAAGGGGAUGGAAGAGAGGAAGAGCUGAAUGGAUAGAAAACAAGGAAUUAGUGGAAGGGAAGCAACAGAGGAGUAUUGAAGGGUGGGGAAGGAGAGAUUUAGGAAAAAAUGACAGGAGGGAACUGAGGGAGAGAAAGAUGUGGUGGAGCAGGUUAGGGAGAGAAAUGGGAGGUACCAGCUGUGGAGAUAUGAGGGGCCAUAAGAGGAGGUGUGCAGGGAAAGGAACUGGGAGAGGAACACGGUGCAGUGGUGGAAGGAGGAGUCAGGCGUGGGGGCAGAGGAAGGUGCAAUAGGAGCUGCAAUAGAAAUGCAGUAGUGGCUUCAGCCCUUGCAUGUGACCUACCUUCUAAUUACAAGUAGCAGAAUCCAUCUGUGGUCCUCAAGAAAUUUUCCCUCUCCCCCCUGUCCCUGGACACUGUGCUGGGAACCGACUGGUAGCAGUUACCUCCUGCUUUCCUGGCCCUGGCAGUGCGCGAUCCCUGCUCUUGCCUUGUGUUUUUCAGCCCCUGCUGAGGAGAGGGGAGGCUGUCCCCGGCUGAGCUCCUGGGCUGUUCUGAUUCCUGCCCUGAUCUUCAAGGCCUGUAUCACAUGUGGCUGCCUUGUUAUCCUCCAUAAACAAAGCCAUGAAGCUCACAGGACACUACCUGAGACUUUCCCAGAGUGGCACUGUGCUCAGGGGAUGCCUGGGAGCAAAGAGCUGGUUUGGACAUGCUGCCCGAUGGGCUGGAAGGCCUUUCAAACCAGCUGCUACUACUUCUCCAGCGAUGUUAUGUCCUGGGAUGACAGUGAGAAGAACUGCACAGCGAUGGGCUCCCACCUGGUGGUGAUCAACACCAAAGCUGAGCAGGAUUUCCUGCUCAAUUGGGUAAAAGAAAUGCUUGCAGACUUGCCAGUAAAGAUGUACUACAUUGGGUUGACUGCCCAGGAGGCGGAGGGCCAGUGGUGCUGGGUGGAUCACACCCCGUAUAACAAGAAUGAAGCGUUCUGGAAACCUGGGGAGCCCAGUGAUCCCAUACUGGAGCCAUGCACUGCCCUCCAGGUGAAUUCAAAAAAACAAGCGAGAGAAAACUGGAAUGACCUUGCAUGUUUCACUGAUUUGUAUCGAAUUUGCGAGUCUGCACCAACAUGUAUUUAAGGAAAGACCCCGCCAUGCAGGAGGGGAGGCCAGAGAGGGCUUGUUCUGUGCUGCAGACUGCUUCCGGAGACUUCUGAUGGUGGGUGAAGGGCAGGAAGAGGGUUCCUGCAAGAAGUGCUCUGAGUUCACCAAUAAAGUCAUUCUGGAA